CAGCCAGGGGCCACUCGGAACGCAAGGCUCGGUCGGUGCCGCGGGAGGGCGCAGGGCGCACGCCAGCUGGGGAGGGGGCUCGGGCUUGAGGCGGAGUCCGGGCGCGACGCCAGGCUGGUGGCCCCCCUUCCCCCUUCCCCGGCGGGCUGCAGAUUCCCUCCGGCUCCCGCGAGCCGCAAGACCGGCCAGGAGGCGCCAUGGAGGGGAGCCCCAUCCCGGUGCUGACGGUGCCCACAGCGCCUUAUGAGGACCAGCGGCCGGCAGGCGGCGGGGGGCUUCGGCGCCCCACCGGCCUCUUUGAGGGUCAGCGCAACUACCUGCCCAACUUCAUCCAGAGCGUGCUGUCAUCCAUCGAUCUGCGCGACCGCCAGGGCUGCACCAUGGUGGUGGGCAGCGACGGCAGGUACUUCAGCAGGACCGCCACGGAGAUCGUGGUGCAGAUGGCUGCGGCCAACGGGAUUGGACGACUGAUUAUUGGACAGAAUGGCAUCUUGUCGACACCUGCAGUUUCCUGCAUUAUCAGAAAGAUCAAGGCAGCUGGUGGAAUCAUCCUGACAGCCAGCCACUGCCCUGGAGGACCAGGGGGAGAGUUUGGAGUGAAGUUUAAUGUUGCCAAUGGAGGUCCUGCACCAGAUGUCGUCUCUGACAAAAUUUAUCAAAUCAGCAAAACCAUCGAGGAAUAUGCCAUAUGUCCGGAUCUCCGAAUUGACCUGUCUCGACUAGGAAGACAAGAAUUUGACCUGGAGAACAAAUUCAAACCAUUUAGAGUGGAGAUAGUGGAUCCAGUGGAUAUCUAUCUCAACCUCCUUCGGAACAUUUUUGACUUUAAUGCCAUCAAGAGUUUGCUGACAGGGCCCAGUCAACUGAAGAUCCGAGUUGAUGCAAUGCAUGGAGUUAUGGGACCCUAUGUGAGAAAAGUCUUGUGUGAUGAAUUGGGUGCUCCAGCAAAUUCUGCAAUAAACUGUGUUCCCCUGGAAGACUUUGGGGGACAGCAUCCUGACCCAAACCUGACUUAUGCAACGACCCUUCUGGAAGCCAUGAAAGGAGGAGAAUAUGGGUUUGGAGCUGCAUUUGAUGCUGAUGGAGACCGUUAUAUGAUCUUAGGCCAAAAUGGCUUCUUUGUGAGCCCUUCCGACUCCUUGGCCAUUAUUGCUGCCAACCUCCCUUGCAUUCCAUAUUUCCGUCAGAUGGGGGUACGAGGGUUUGGGAGGAGUAUGCCUACCAGCACUGCCCUGGACAGAGUGGCCAAAUUAAUGAAGGUCCCUGUAUAUGAGACUCCAGCUGGAUGGAGAUUCUUCUCAAAUCUGAUGGACUCUGGACGGUGUUCUUUGUGUGGGGAAGAAAGUUUUGGCACUGGCUCUGAUCACCUCCGAGAGAAAGAUGGCCUCUGGGCUGUCUUGGUCUGGCUCUCUGUCAUUGCUGCCCGGAAGCAGGGUGUGGAAGAAAUUGUCCGGGAUCACUGGGCCAAAUUUGGCCGCCACUACUAUUGCAGGUUUGACUAUGAGGGACUAGAGCCCAAGACAACAUAUUACAUCAUGAGGGACCUGGAAGCCCUGGUGACUGACAAGUCCUUCAUCGGCCAGCAGUUUGCUGUGGGGAGCCAGGUCUACAGUGUGGCCAAGACAGACAGCUUUGAAUACGUGGACCCUGUGGAUGGCUCUGUGACCAAGAAACAGGGCCUGAGGAUCAUUUUCUCAGAUAUGUCACGGCUCAUCUUCCGGCUCAGUUCCUCCAGCGGCGUGCGAGCCACCAUCAGACUGUAUGCAGAGAGCUAUGAGAGGGACCCCAGCGGUCACGACCAGGAGCCCCAGGCUGUGCUGAGUCCUCUCAUAGCCAUCGCGCUGAAAAUAUCCCAGAUUCAUGAGAGAACUGGCCGCAGGGGCCCCACUGUCAUCACCUGAGCUGAGGGAAGCUCACUCGCCAGGGCCCAGCGAGCUCCGCGGAGACAUAUCACCACGCCUUCAUGCUACCUGUUUGUGCCUCUUACGACAUCAAAAAAAAAAAAAAAAAAAAAGAUAAUUUGCUAGUGGGGGUUGGGAGGGGGGAAUAAAGAAAUCUGUUUUGUUCGGGUUCAGGUCAGUUCCUCCCAAUGCAACAGGGUCUUCAGUUGUCUCUUAAAGCUGCACUGUUUCACACACCAAGGAACCUAUCCUUUUGAGAAGGAAUAAGUGGGCCUGUACUCUAAGUUGUUGUGUCUAUGCAUUAUUGGUGCCAGGUGAGGAAAAGUUCUAACAUCAUAGAGGAAAGACAAGUGUCAAAAUUAAGCUGACCCUUGGCCAUAGGACGCCUGGGCACAUCGAAGUUACUCUUCAGCACGGAGGAGGAUUUCGCUUUUCCUUCCAGGCCAGGUCUUGCUUGAGGGCAAGUUGUGGAACUCCUAAUAGUGCAUGCACCUCAUGCCCGCUAAUCACAUGGUGACCCACUCUACCCCUGCCCACGCCCAGGCCCCUCACAUCUUCUAAAGCUUCCUACAACUCACAACAACACACUUUCUACAAAAAGCAUCAGAGGGUGUUUUGUCUUUAUUUGUGUACAUAAUGUUCUUUUGGCUGUUAGCAAGCUGCCUUUCUCCACAUUCAGCCAUUCACGAUGCAGGUGGGAAGCAGUAGUUGGCAAGACUCUGAAAGGAAUGCUGACCAUUUGUUGGGCCCUUUCUUAAUUAUAUUACGAGAAUUGCUUCUUGAAAAGGCAAAAUGCUACCUUGUCUGCUCUCUUUCUCUCUCUGACUUUUCUUGCUACCUUAUCUCCUAACAAAGGCCUACUUUAAUGCACUUGUUUGGACACAGUUCAGAUCUUAACAUGGCUGCAAAACCCAAAUGAAAUGCUUGUAAAAGUAGGGAAGGAAGUGGGUGCUGGAAGAAAACCUCACUGGUGGUACAGUUAGGAGACUGAGGAGUUGGAGGAGGAUGUGACCCCUGCUAUAAAGCGGAGGUUACAACUGGCGUUCUGUGCCAGGGAGAGGAUAUUGCAGUGCUAGCAGCCUCGUCUGCACUCAGCCAAAACACUCGGUGCAUGGGACCUGUUUGCAUGUUUUGCUUCCUUGGGAACGGCACUGUCAUUUACUGUGUCAUUGUGCAGAUGACAUGAUGUGCUGUGAUGGUUAAGCAAUACCUUAUUGCUGUAGUCAAGCGUAGUGCAAGCAGGGAAACAUUCCCAAGAAGAUACUCGUUUCCAUUUCCUAUCUAUGCUUCUGUCAGAAAGUUGCUAGGACAUUUAGUAACCAAUAAAAAGGAUUCCUAUU